GGCGAGGCCCUCCAGGCCGGCAGCUCCCCAGUUCGGGCGGCGGCGGCGGCAGUGGCCGGACCUGCCAGGGGUUGGCGGCAGCCGCGGCGGGCCUCGCCUGGUCCCCCCCCCGUGGCGGGGGUGGGCGCCUGCUGUCGGGGCGGCCAGCCGGGGGGGAUGCCGCCGGGCAGGGGAGGCUGCCUCCCGGCCCCGGGCGAUCCCCUUGGACGGGGGUCGGGCGGGGGAUCCCCCCGGCCGAGAGAGGCCCCGUCUCCGCUCUGGGACCGGGGACCUCCUGCGCGCAGAGCCGGCGUGCCUCCGCCGCUCUAUGCGGGGGCGGAAUCCUCCCGAGCUGCUGCUGCUGGGGCACGGGGAAGGCAGCCCCCCCGACCCCGUGCGAGGCUCCCCCGGCCGGGCUCCGGGCUCCGGCAAGGCUCCUCCUGGCCUCGCCCGCGGGCCUGCCGAGCGGGGCCCCCCGCGGCCUCUGCGGCUGCAGCAAGGCGCCUGCCCGGCUCUCCUUCCUCCCCCCGUCCCCGGGCAAGCUGGCUUCUGGCUGCCGCCUGCUGCCCUGUUUGGGGAGGGUGCCGCCGCCUCUGGGGCCUGAGCUUCCGAGGAGGCCGGCAGGGAAGCAGCCGGACCCGCCUUGGCCCAUCAGGCUCAGGGCUGCCUGCUCUGACUGGCAGCAGCGGCCCUCCAGGGUUUCGGGUGGCCCGGGGUUAGAGCUGCUGGGGCCCUCUGCACGCGCUCUGCAGCCCUCUUGUACUCCGUGGAGCUGACACUUCAUUCAGGGCCCAGGUGCAAAUCCAAGGCGAGGCCCCAAGUAGAAGAAGAAGAAGAAGUGCGAGAGGGAGGCCCUGCUGGAGCCUCUUUCUAGCAGCAAGUCUGGCUCUAGGUUGCUUUGUGUGGGGCUGUUUCCUCGAGGGACUUAGCUUGGGGGGCUGGAGUUUCCUUGCAUGGGGCCAGCUUUCUGCUGCUCCCCCUUUGCCCCAGUUGUGGCCAGCAGGCUGACCAGGGGCUGAAACAGACCACUGUGGCUCUGCUACACGGGUGAGCCCUCGUGGACCUCCAUCUUGCCCCACAUCUGCAUCUGAUGUGUGCUAAAACCUGCGACUGCAGGAAGGCCCAUAGCUCAGGGGAAGACCAUCUGGCUGGCAUGCAGAAAAGGUUCGGUCUCUGGCAGCAUCGCCAGGCAGGGCUGGAGGAGACCAGGCUGAAAUCCUGGAGGGCUGGCCUGAAGGUGGCAAGCCUGAAUGGUCCCCUUUGCUAAGCAGGGCCUGCCCUGGCUUGCAUUUGGACGGGAGACUAGGUGUUAGCACUGCAAGAUAUUCCCCUUAGGGACUGGGGUCAUAGCUCAGUGGAAGAGCCUCUUGCAGCAUGACGAGUGGGGGCUCACCUCAGAGUAGUUUGGCUAUUUGUAUGCCUGGAGUGGGGGGUGGGGGCGCACCAAAGACGACUUCCAUCCUCUUUGUGCCGGAGAGGUCAAGGGCUGAAUAAAGGCCACGAGUACGGAGACUCGUGCCAGGCGGGCACAGGGGCAGCCCCUGGACCCCCCCCCCCGAUGGCAGCCCAGCGGGAGGUAAAUUUGGCCUUUCCGCCGUCCAUGGGGUGAUGCUGGCGUGGAAGCUCUUCCGCAGAGAGGGGUGUGCGAGCACAGCCACGAGUGACACCCGCUCCAGAUCUUUCCAGAUCUGUAUUUCUAGCCGGCUCUGCCCUCUGGGCUCCUGGGUGUAUUGUUUGCUAACCUGCCGUGCUUGCAUGGACGGACUCUGGGCCGUCCUUUGCAAGGGGGGAUUGUGACCUGCGGGAGGUGGGUGCCAAAGAAGGGUGGGCUCUGGAGCCCGGUUCUUGCAGCUUUCCUGCUUUUUUGGAUGGUAUAAUCAGGGGCUCUCAGUGUUGGGUCCCCAGAUACUAUUGGACUUCAGCUCCCAUCAUCCCCAGCCCCAGUGGCCUUUGGUUGGGGAUGAUGGGAGUUGAAGUGCAAUAGCAUCUGGGGGCCCAGUGUUGAGAAUCCCUGGUUAUAGAUGACCUGGAUUUAACAAGUUGGGCAAGAGGAGCUGUUGGGACGGCUGAAACCGCCGUCUGGUGGGAUAGAGGCGGCUGCCUUCUAGCAAGCCAGACCAUCGGUCCCUCUAGCUCCUCUGGCCUUCACUGACCAGCAGCGGCUUCUCCGUGGUUUCCCGAAGGAGUCUCUCCCAGCCCAACUUUGGAGCUCGGUCAACAGCUACUAGUCUGAGGGCUACGGGCCACCUCCCGCCUCAGAAGCUGUUCUCGCGGCCCGCAGAAACUGGGCUAAGGGAGCCCAGUCCGGUUUCCACGUGGCUCCCAGUGGUGGUGUGGCGGGUGGUCAAACUCGCUCUCCCUGCUGAACCCCUUUCGGCUCUUCACACUGAUGGGCCUGCCCCCCUCCCCUCUUGCCUGUGGCUUCCCCACAGCAUCUGGUGGGCCACGGUGGGACACAGGAGGCUGGACGAGAUGGGCCUCCUUGGGGGGCCUGAUCCCGCAGGGCUGUUCUUGUGGUCUUUGAGAUGCUGCCAGGGAUGGGACCUGGGCCCUUGGGCAUGCAAGCAGAGGCUCUGCUCCUGGGCUCCAGCCCUGUCCCUGUGUGCUUUAAGAAAGGAGGAAAGAGCUAGCCCCCUGAGUUCAGAAGGGGAGAGAGCCGUGCCCCACAGAUAUAGCAAGGGGGGGGAUGCAAUUGGACGGAGUCCUGAUGAGAAUUGUUGGGGGUAUUGUGAGGAGAGGAAUUGGAUCCUGAGGAGUUGGCCCCUCCUGGAAUUCCAGCAAGAGGCAUUCAGGUGCUGCUCUCCAGCCGUGUCCCAGAGCAAGGCCAAGGACCUGCCCCGGCCUCUGUGAUGUGCUGCCGCCUUUGACGCCGCUUGCCGCUGGGCAUCUCCGCGGGGCCUGGCGCUGUGCGUGUCUCGCCUCUCCGGCUCCGGCUCCGCUGCUGGGAGUUCAGGUCUCCUGAACGGCUCUCUUUGCCGAGAAGCUGAAGCCCCUAUUGUGGAAGCCCCGGUUCCUUUUCCCCAGCAUGUCCGAGAGCUGGCAACAGCCCCCCCCACCCCCCCCGCAGCAGCCGCCGCCCCACCAUGCUGGGGCGGCUGCACUCCCCGAGCACCCCAUUCCCUCGAGCGCGGUGGCGGAGAACGCCCUGGGCUGCGCCGUCUACGGCAUCCUCCUCCAGCCGGAGCCCAGCAGCCUGCAGCACCACCCGCCCCUCCCCGCCGGCAGCGGAGAGGCCUCCCCCAAGUGCGGGGUCUGUGGGCACGACCUGGCGCAUCUCUCCAACCCGCAGGAGCACCAGUGCCUGCAGGGGGGCGCCGACCGCUCCUUCCAGUGCACCCAGUGCCUGAAGAUCUUCCACCAGGCCACGGACCUCCUGGAGCACCAGUGCCUGCAGGUGGAGCAGAAGCCCUUUGUCUGCGGGGUCUGCAAGAUGGGCUUCUCCCUCCUCACCUCCCUGGCGCAGCACCACAACGUCCACAACGGCAGCUCGGCCGUCAAGUGCUCCAUCUGCGAGAAGUCCUACAAAGCCGCCUCCGCUGCCGUGGCUGCCGCUGCCCCGGAGGACCCCGCCCCGCCCCAGCAGCCGGCGGCGCUGAACCGGGCCCCCGUGGAGAAGCCCUACAGCUGCUCCAUCUGCCAGAAGCCCUUCAAGCACCUCUCGGAGCUCUCCCGGCACGAGCGGGUGCACACGGGCGAGAAGCCCUACAAGUGCAGCCUCUGCGAGAAGAGCUUCAGCCAGUCCUCCCACCUGGUGCACCACAAGCGCACCCACAGCGCCGAGCGGCCCUACAAGUGCACUGUCUGCGAGAAGGCCUUCAAGCACCGCUCGCACCUGGUGCGCCACAUGUACGCCCACUCGGGCGAGGCCCACCUCUUCCGCUGCAGCGUCUGCGAGCUGCACUUCAAGGAGUCCUCGGAGCUGCUGCAGCACCCCUGCACGCCCAGCGGGGAGCGGCCCUUCCGCUGCGGGGCCUGCCCCAAGGCCUUCCGGCGGCCCUCGGACCUGCGGCAGCACGAGCGCACCCACAGCACCGAGCGCCCCUUCCAGUGCGACCUCUGCCAGAUGAGCUUCAAGCAGCAGUACGCCCUCAUGCGCCACCGCCGCACCCACAAGGCGCUGGGGGCGGCGGGGCCCUCCGGGGAGCAGGAGCCGGCGCAGGCGCCCCCGCCCCCGCCGCCGCCCCCCUUCAAGUGCUCCCUGUGCGAGAAGGGCUUUGUGCAGCCGGCCCACCUGCUCUACCACCAGCACGUCCACGGCAUCGAGAACCUCUUCAAGUGCAACGCCUGCCAGAAGGGCUUCGGCCAGUCCUCGGAGCUGCUGCGCCACCGCUGCGUCCAGAGCGCCGAGCGGCCCUUCAAGUGCGCGGCCUGCAGCAAGGCCUACAAGCGGGCCUCGGCCCUGCAGAAGCACCAGCUGGCCUCCCACUGCGCCGAGAAGCCCCUCCGCUGCACCCUCUGCGAGCGGCGCUUCUUCUCCUCCUCGGAGUUCGUGCAGCACCGCUGCGACCCGGCCCGCGAGCGGCCCCUGAAGUGCCCCGACUGCCAGAAGCGCUUCAAGUACGCCUCGGACCUGCAGCGCCACCGGCGGGUCCACACCGGGGAGAAGCCCUACAAGUGCCCGGCCUGCGAGAAGGCCUUCAAGCAGCGGGAGCACCUCAACAAGCACCACGGCGUCCACACCCGGGAGCAGCACUACAAGUGCAUGUGGUGCGGGGAGCGCUUCCUGGACCUGGCCCUGCUGCAGGAGCACAGCGCCCAGCACACCUCGGCGGAGGGCACCUACCCGGUGGCCCCCUGCCUGCCCUGAGCCGCCCCCGCCCUCCUCCUCCUCCGGCCAAAGGGAUGGGCCAUCCUGUCUCCACACACACACGGACGCGGCCUCUGGGACCUUCCCUGUGCCCGGAGGAGCAGCAGAAGCGAGCUGUGCCUCUGGGCUUGCUGGGCUCAGCACU